AUGACCGAACAAGCUACUAUUGAGUGGUCUGCCACUCUGAAUGUUGUUUCCCGAGCCACGCACCCGUCUAAGGACUUGAACGGUGACAAGAUCAUCCUCCCCCAAUCCGCCCUCGAGCAGUUACUCGCCGCUUCGACUUCAUCCCCGAACCCUACCUCAGCUUCGAGCUCAUCAAAUCCCUUUCGUAGCCCAUACACGUCGACUUCCGCGUCCUCGUCUGCCCGGGCCCCGUAUGCUUUCGACGGUGAUCCUUAUCAGCACCUCCCGAGCCCGCUUAUGUUUCGUCUGGUCAACCCGUCCAACGGAAAUGCUGUCUACGCUGGCAUACGCGAGUUCUCAGCCGAUGAAGGCGAGGUGCUGCUUAGCCCAUAUCUAGCAGAAGCUUUAGGGUUUGAUCUAACUAAAGACACGUCGGGCGAGGAGGAGGAUGGUUUGUGUAGUAACGGAACCACGGCGUCACGGAUUACUGUCCACGCGCAACAUCUUCCAAAAGGGGCAUAUAUUCGCUUGAGGCCAUUGGAAGCUGGCUAUAAUCCCGACGACUGGAAAUCCUUACUCGAGAGGAAACUUCGUGAGAGUUUCACAACCCUAACAAAUGGCGCAAUCUUAUCCGUUCCGGGCGUUAAGGGCGAGUUGUUCCGCCUUCUUGUUGAUAGGUUCAGGCCGGAGGGAGACGGGAUUUGCGUCGUGAAUACCGAUCUCGAAGUUGACAUCGAGGCCUUGGAUGAGGCGCAAGCUAGGGAAACCGUGAGACAGAUUAUAGCCAGGCAGCAGAAAGCACCAGGUACCGUAGGUGGUAGUUCGGUUGGCCAGGAACUGAAUAUUUGGAAAGCUGUUGGCGGCCAAGUUCUUCCUGGAGAUUAUGUGGACUACGAACUUCCCUCGUGGGCUCGGUCGAGGGUUCUCGAGAUUGAGGUUAGCGAGCUACAGGACGAGUACGGUAUAGACCUAUUCGUGAGUCCGAAAUCUUCGCGACAGAGAGCGGUGCCUCGCCAGUCAGAACAUGUUUUCGGUGCCUUCAGCUACACAGAAUAUGGGAGCAAGCGUAUAAUUAUCCAGCCCACUAAUGUCGAGCUUGAGAAUGCCGAGAGCCUGCUGAUUUCCGUUUUUGGAUACGUCCCUAAUUCGGGCGCCUCGUCAACAGACGCCCUCCCUCUCCCAUACAAGUUGAGGAUUAAGAACAACGCGAUGACGACGGAAGCGCCACCAGCCUCCGACUCGACGACUUUGGAAAUGCAGGUGUCUCCGGAUGAGGAGAUGUGCAAGAAUUGCCUUCAGCCGAUCCCUAAGCGCACCAUUAUUCUGCAUGAAAACUUCUGUCUUCGCAAUAACAUAGCGUGUGCUCAAUGUCGAAAUGUCUUCCAGAAGAUGUCGGACGAGUGGAGGGAGCACUGGCAUUGUCCUCGUGACGAGGCAUAUGGUUCGUCGGAGAUGACCAAGGCCAAACACGACUCCAUCUACCAUACCGAACGGCGAUGUCCGUCUUGUCCGUUUACUUCGAAUUCCAUUCCAGAUAUAGCCCGCCACCGUACUACGCUUUGUCCUGGUAAAAUCAUCUUGUGCCAGUUCUGCCACCUAGAGGUUUGUCAAGAAGGCGACCCGUUCAACCCGUCCGCCGAGAUGCUCCAUACUGGCCUCACAGAACAUGAGCUCGUCGAUGGUGCAAGAACUACGGAUUGCCAUUUGUGCUCCAAGAUCAUCCGGCUUCGCGACAUGUCAACGCAUCUUAAGUAUCACGAACUCGAGAAAGCCCACCGGCCAAAACCUGCCACCUGCAGGAAUGCCAACUGCGGGCGGACCUUACAUGGCGUCGGCAGGAACGGGACUGUUAAUGCUGGUACCAGAAUGGGUCAAGGUCCCGGUAACGAUAUCGGGUUAUGUUCCCUAUGCUUCUCGCCGCUCUACGUGAGUUUAUACGAUCCGGAGGGGAAGGCCUUGAAGAGACGCAUCGAGCGUCGGUAUCUAACGCAGAUGAUGCAAGGAUGUGGGAAGAGCUGGUGUGCUAACGAGUGGUGUAAGACGGGUCGCGCCAAUCUGAAGCUGGAGCCAAAACCGUCGACCGCGCAGCUCGCGCUACCCCAGAUCCGACCUCUUAUGGAUUACGUCCGCGACACGCAGAAAUCGAUGAAUUUCUGCGUCGACGAGGCGAAUCAGCGGAGGAGGAAGCUCGCGGAGAUGCUGGCGGCCGAAGACGACUGGGAUAUAGAGUGGUGUAUUGCGGCAUGCGAAGCUGAGGGCCCCAAUCUAGACAGGGCAAGGGGUUGGCUAAUCAAUUGGGCACCCUCUAAUGAAUGA